AUGCGUGGCAAGAAGAAACCUCAGCUAGAACAAGACUCGCACACAACAAUGGGACACAGUGGAAAGUCUAAGGAAACAAAAGACAGAGACGGUGGCUCAACCUUCAAACCAGCACCAACUACGCCAAAGAAAAUUAUACGUCGUCUGCCAAGUGGAUGGAAUGUGACCAAACUCGCGCUACAUCGAUCAGCAAAAGCAAUACUGCCUUCUCCAGCUCCUCCCCUUCCUCCUACUCUGUAUCAUCAGACAGAGUGCUUUUAUCAACUACGCAAGAUACAAUCAUCUCUCUCGGAGCUGGAAAGACGCUUCGGUCCAAAUAUCGACCGACCGAGCCCAAAACCUUUCAGGCUGAUGGGCCUGCCAAAGUUUAUCCGGCAGCGGAUCUUCGACUUACUCAUCGUCUCCAAUGAGCCUUUGAUGCCGUAUCAACAUAGCAAAAGACUGCCACAAAGGGGAAAUGCCAGAUGUCAGAGCUCAUCACUCAAUCUCUUGCUCGUCAAUCGAACAAUCUACCUUGACGUGCUUGAGGAACUCUAUGGAAGCAACCAUUUUUCAUUUUCCUUUCCAACAACUCUGUUGUUAUUCCUCAGUACCAUUGGGCCACGGAAUGCACAGCUUCUGCGUCACUUGGUGAUUCGGUUCACACUGGCUCCGCCUGAUGGAACUCUUGCAGGUGAACCUGGGGAUGCAGAUGCCACAUAUGAAGUCAGGAGAGAAAGAAGUGGAAUCAGAGCCAGAGGCGUCGGAAUGGAGAUGGAGACAAUGGUAGAACGAAACGGACCAUGGGCACUACCGCAAUUGCGCAAUUUGGCACACUGGUUGUUUCUUUCUCGACUCUCUCCCUUUCCUUCCCCAGACCCUGAGAGCCACACGGGAAGGGUAUUUGUGGGGUCUCCGAAUGCAUUUGCUCAAAGUAAGCUCUCUGCGGACUGUGCCAAGGGGAGCACUGAUGAUCCUUCUGCGCCGUUUUUCUGGCUAAAGCCAGGACCUCGAAAAGAUGUACAGGCCAAUCAUCGGGCUGCCGUCGCAGUCUUCACCAGAAUGUGGGCAGAUACACUAGGAGUGCUUCUGCCAGGGAACAUUAUAGCACAAAUGGCAGAGUCUUUGGUUACAAAGCAUUCUUCUGUCAACAGUGCACGAGCAAGCCCACCUCAAUCUAUUCCUAUGCCGGUUUCUGUGCCACCUGCACAACCAAUUGCAAAGGGGCAGCAGUCCUUGUCAUCCCCGCAUCUCCCCCUUCCGCCUCCUCCACCAACUCUUCCCGGGGCUCCACCAGAGCUUGCACGUUCCAGCUGUGCUGCAAAGCCCGUAUCUGAAUUUUCAUCAUCAAAAGCCCCUCUGCGAGCCGGGAUACUGUUACCACUAGAAAGCAUAUCAGGGGAGGUACCCCCGCCAUGCUGGUCAGCUCCCGGAGAUGAAAAGCCCAUGGCACGCCCGCCCGUGCGUUCAUCUCGAGGCUACUCGUCUGCCAACCCGCCGUUAGGAAAUCUACUAGGUGACACAAGUGACAACAAGAAGAGGCGAAGCAGAGAGCUCAAGGGAAGAUCAAAGCGACAAAGCUGGCUCUGUUCCAAGCUGAAGACUAUGCACAUCGUUUUUGAAAAUAAUGCGCGUUGUCUUCGGGGAUGCUGUAAUUCUCGCGAUGUCUUGUCUCGAGCUUCGUCAACCGUCCCCGCGGAUGUAAUUUCGCAAUUUCUCCCGCAAUUACAUGCAGGUAAUACACCGCAGGCUCAGGGCGAAACCGAUGGUCAGCAGCAUCGAUUGAGAUCACAAACAUCACGGCCAACGCUGCGCAACGCUCCAAGCCAUGGUUUUCUACGCCAUUCUGCUGACGCCACAAAACUGUCUGUCCCGCAACCUAGUUUUCCCGAUACUCAUCGUCAUCCUCAACUCCAACAUCAGCCGAGUCUACCUUUGCUGAGGCACAACCCGAGUCAGCCGGUUCUCAGGAAAAUUUCUGACCCGAUUACUUACUCUUCUUCCCAGUCUGCUCACCGGCAACAAGCUGGUUUUACUGAGGCAGCUCAUUCCAGUAUUCCUGGCUCUGGCUCGGGCCCUGGCUCGGGCCCCAGCUCCGGACAGCCAUCUCUUAGACCAAUUCUGCGAUACAUGUCCAGCCAGCCUAUCAUGCGCGAGCGCUCUACUUCGAACACUUACCGGAACCCUCGCACUCCAAUCUAUGGCAGUGGCCCUAGCAACGAUCCACUUCCCACCACUGGGGCAAACCAACCACCCCCGUCGCCGCAGGCUCAUUACCGCUACCCUGAACGCAGUGAUGCUCCGGGACAAUCGUAUUCCCCGAGAAAGCCAGAGCCUCAGCCUCGUCGCCUUAGCGGGAACCUUCAGGCAAGUUCAGCUCAGAGAGAUUUGCCUAAACGGAGUCAGGGAGUACCUCAACCUCAAUAUCAUCAUGCAGUCCAAUACCGUGGGCCAAGACCUCGUGUGGCCAGCGCCGCAUCUGCCCCGGUCGUUCCUAUGCAUAGUAAUACGGCUCCCCGACGAGCAAGUGAUGGCAGUCAGACGAGAAGUUCCGAGGCAGCUCCCCAAUUUCCCGGAAUCGCUCCCAUCUACGGCGCCGGUCCUAAUCUCAGCGACGUGCAUAGCUCCGGGGCGCUCUCCGAUACCCCUACAGGGCCGAGUUUUUCCCAAGUGCUCACUCAACUGCGGGAAUUAAACGUGGAGGUAUUCUUGUCUGGCAUGGCCAGGAGACCGUCCUCACAAUAUUGA